GGUAUUAAGUGCAGUCCCGUCUGCUCCACUUCAGUACUGAGGAGAGUCCCAACUGGCUGCCAGAGUGUGUGAGUGUGAAAGAGAGAGUGAUUCUGUGCGUGUGGGCGCAUGCCUGGAAUAGACUUCCCAGAGUCAUUUGAUUCGGGCUUUUUUCCUCCCACUCAUCAGGGUUGGACUUUGUACCCGAUCAUAUCUGGACACGUUUUCUUGGGAAUGUUGUUGUUCGCCAGCUGAUCCACCUCAGCUGAUCUCCGCUUGAAGAGUCUUACCAGUGACCCCGAUAGACGGCUCAACCCCCCUCACCCCCAUCUGGGUCACCGCCGAGCCCGACAGCGGUGUCCUUGCUGGGCCCGAUGUGGAAUUUGACCCCGAGGGACCCCGUCCUCCAGGAAGCCAUUCACUGAGGCCAGACUAGGGGUGAAAAGGGGAAGAAAGAUAGAAUUGGAAGAGGAGUGAGAACAUCAGCAUAAGAGAGCGCUCCGCCAGUAUGCCAGUGGAGACCCUGCGGCCCUCCGACGGUCGCCUGACCGGGGUUCCCUUCACCUCCGCCAUGCCCUUCAGGAUACUCACCAAAGGGCCAGAUUACUUUCGGCGCCCGGCCGAGCCUGCAACCCGCAAGCUGAGCGCCGUGGAGCGCCUGGAGGCGGACAAGGCCAAGUACGUCAAGAGCCAGCAGGUGGCAUUGACGCGGCAGGCGCCGGUCAAGCCGCCGAUCAUCCGCAAACCCCUCGUCCCCCCGGCCAUGAUCCUGCAGUGCCACACGGGUGCUCCCCCUGCCCGGAAAAGUUCGCGCUGCCUCACUAGCGUGGGCGGCGGCGUGAGGGAAGGUCCGGGAGGGAGACCGCCUCUCAAUUUGGAUAUUUUGAACAACCUCAUCAACGACGUACGCGACGGCCCACUGCCCUCCUCCCAGUCGUCGUCCUCCACCUCCCCCUCGUCCUCAUCGCCUUCAUCGGGAGCUAAAAGCAUCGGCAGCAGCUUGUCGGCGGACCACGAGAAGAGCAGCCGAUUCCUCAACAACCUCAAACCGCGGAACGCCGCCACGUCCUCAUCCACCUCGUCCCGCACGUCCUCCCCUCUCAACCCCAUCCAACGUCCUCCCCCCGUCCCGACACGGGCGCCCCACAUCUUCGUCCCAUCGGCCUACGUCUCUCCAAAUAGCGUCACGGUACGCAGGGUGGACGUUCGACCCCAUGCGGAAAUGAGGAGGCCCCAGAGGGCCCAACUCCGGCCCCGACAACCUGCCCAAGGUCAAGUGGCACACCCACAGGUCCCCCCGCCACCUCCGCCGGCCCUCCAAAACUCACUUCACCAGCCCCAAACGAACGCCACCACACGAACCGCCGCCUCGCCCCCUUCUUACUUGCCGCCCAGCCCCAUGCUGGUCCGCGCGGGGAUGAUCCCGCCCGCCUCCCCCGCCUUCACCCGCCUGUCCAACACCAGCUCCAAGGGCUCCGCCCGCAAGCACCCGGCAUUGCACCGCUCCAAGUCAGACCUGAGCGACCGCUAUUCCCGGGCCACGGCAGACCUGGAGCGCUUCUUCAACUAUUGCGGGCUGGAUCCCGACGAGGUGGAGGGCAUGGGCGGAGUGGAGCGCUUCACCAGGGCCAACUCGGACAUCGUGUCCAUCUCCAAACUCCGCAGCGUCAGCACGCCCAGCUCCGAGUGCGGGGACGACGCCGACAGAGGGCAGGAGGAUUGCGAGGACGACGACGAGGACGGGCCCGUCGGAGGCAACCAGCGCGUCCCCUACGGCAUCUCCGUCAUCGAGAGGAACGCCAGAGUCAUCAAGUGGCUCUACGGUAUCAGACAGGCACGGGACGCUAACGGCGCCGUUUCGAACGUGUAGACUAAAACCCCACUUGUGGGGGGGGGUUGUAUUUAUCUGAAGAAGGGACGUCUGUCUUUUCAUCUUUUGUUGCCUUACAUCCGCCAUUUUUAUCACUUGCUGAUGGAGACUCACAUUUCACAUUUGGAGACUUUUGAGGAAGUUAGAACGUGCUCUUCCUUUUUAACUUGAACAAUGUUACAUUGUAUCUGUAAGCAAUAAUAGCCGAGGAUGGUUCCUCAUGCAAAGGAACGGUACUGUCUCAGUGUGAAUCUGCGUGUGGGUGUAGCACAGAGAACCUCGCUAAUGCUGUGAAAGUCACACAAAAAAAAAGCUUCGAUGAACAGGUUUUGUACUUUUGAAAAUCACUUUUGGCCGCAAGACUGUUAUUGUCGUCGUUUCUGUUGGCAUGCAAGUGGAACCUUUAUGUACAUUUGCCACUUUAUGUCAACAAAGCACGCAUGUACUACGAACUUUGCCGCACCAACACACAUUUUCAAGUCAGUUAGCAUCAACGUGCUUGCAGCUUAUAUUUGUGUGUGUCUGUGUCAGAUCUAAAACACACGCACACAUGCACACACACACACGCUCAUUUUUGGGAUUAGUUUGCGGGAUAAAUCGUGUUUACCUCGCAUUUCCCAGCACAGAGCUGCUAAAAGGAAGAACAAGUAGCAUGCAAAAAAAAAAAUUCCCUUGCACACAAAACGCUUCGAUUGGGGGUGGGCGACCAAACACCUGGGAGAGAUUUCUUUAUGCCGGAACUGUUGUAAAAAAAAAAAAAAGCCUCACGCCAUUUAGCGCACAAAUAUUCACAAUACUGUAAUAUAUAAGAAUGAAGUCAUCCCCCAUAAUCCUUCAGAGGAUUUUAGCACACCCCUGUUAAGAGUUCACUCGUGGAUUUUAAAACAAAAGUGUCUCAGGAAACAAAAUAUUUGGCAUACUAACACAAAUGGACCAAUAUUUAUUUGGAUUAUUUGAUUUAAUAUAUAUUUUUUUUUCAACACCGUUGUACGGAAUUCAAUCUGAAGUGCAAUCUAUUCGUAUUGACCACAACAGUUAUGCUGGAUGAAAUUUAGAAACACACACCCAAACAAAUACAAUGCAACAAUGUGUGAGAAUGAUGAAAAUGUCAUUGAGAGGGCCUCUGCAUAAUUUUACCGCAAAGUUUUGUUUUUCCAGGACAUUUCUCCUUUCAUGUCAAUAGCUUGGAAAUGCGGAUGCCCAAAGAGGUCUGAAAGGCUUUAAAAAAUUGUGUCUUUGAAACUACAAUUAAAACACAGUUGAAGAAUA